CCGCCACCUCCCCCACCACCACCACCGCACUUUCACUUUGCUUGCAGCAUCGCCACCACCACCACCUCUACCCUGAGGGGAUGAUAGUGUUGGAAGCGAAAGGAGAGAAAGAGUGAGCGAGAGAGAAAGAGUGAGAGAGAGGGGGGCAACCCACCAUAUGGCUAGCCAGUCGUUGACUUAAAUCUGCCGCGAGUUAUUGAUUGCAAACUGUCAUCUAUCAAGUACGCGGGAAGAGUGAAUGCAAAUUAUGACAUGCCGUUUAUCUGAAUCGGUGUACCCCCUCACAAACACACAACUCCACGGCCCAGCGGACCAGCAGUCAGUUGCAGACUUGCACCCGCUAGCUUCGCAUCGCCGCCGCUACUACAACUGCCGCUGCCAGUGCUACAUUUCUUCUUCUCCUCCUCCUUCACCUCCUCCUCCCGCGGACGGAUUGUUGUGUUCGGUCCGCUCGGUUCACUCCACUCCACUCUACUGGUCAGCGCGGCCGAUUGACCAUUACGGCGCGCGCGGCGAGUGCAGAGCUGGGGAGAGGUACAUUUUGUGGCAGGCAGGCAGGGCCUGUUAGCUUACUUGGAGAUACUCGCGCCUCUAGUGCGCCGGCCUGAUAAACGAGCGAUGUGUUGGAAACACGGCCUAAGAGAUCCGCUAUUGUCUCGCCGCUGCUCGUCAGUGUUGUAGUCGACUCGGAACAUUUUACUUCGUGUGUGGAUGCGUGCCUGCUUUAUUAUAAUAUCUUUGAAAAGUUUUUACUUUCACUCCCGCGUGCAGAUCUUAUAUCGGAUUUUGAUUUUGAGGACUUGUGUGAUAUACAACUCGUCAUAACCACGGACUUUGAAGGUUUUUAAUUCGUGCUGGAGGUACUUCUUCUACUGCAACUACAACCAGGAUUUUGUUCAUUUUCAUCCAAUCAUCUUAUCUAAUUCUAAAUCGGUGGUUAUAUUAUAUCAUUAUAUCCUAUUUGUUCAACAACACAACAUUUCUUCCCUCGCACCACGGAUCUAUUGAGUAUUGUGCUACUGUUGGUUUUACAAUCUUAUUCUCGUUCCUGGUGUUACGGGGAGCGUUGGAUGUUUGCACCUGAGGCCCUGAGGACGGCCACACUGACCAAACACGCGAUAACGCACACACACUCACUCACGGAUGGUCCACUACUACCACAUAGAGAAGUCUCCGACGUGCACGUGUGACUGGUUCCCUGUAGCGUUGUUUGUUACAACAUUUUUUGUGCACCACAUCGUUCUCCUUACGCUAGGAGCGCCAGAUUUCUUCAGACCAUUCUCAUCGUCCCAGUCGUCAUCUUUAUUUGUGUGACCCACAGCAACGUACACCGUAGCAUCGCUUGUCCUCAUCUUAUUGUCUAAUUUGAUACGACAUCUGUGUUAUCUUCGUCAUCUUCAUUUUCAUCUCCAUAAGUUGCUGUAAAAACGUUGGGUUGUAGACAUCACCCAUGAAGACUCUAAAGAAGUGAGAGCUCCCCUGUUAGCAGAUCUUCAGUAUUUGCCAACAUGAAGUCAAGUCGGCGGAAACAGACGAACCCAAACCGAGUGGCGGCGGGAACACGUGACCCCGAGCAGGGCGUGACCCGCCUGGUUGACCCCGACAGCACAGUCGUGGACGCCUACCCCCCUGGCCCCGGCGGGCCGGAGGACAAUGACGUCAGUGAUGACGUAGCCAGCGGUGGACACGAUAACUCCGACGGCGAGUCGCUACACUCUCUCCCGCGCGCGCCCCCACAUCUGACCAACGGUCAAGCGGACGAUUACGACGCUCCUCUCGACAUGCACGUGUCGCGGGAACUUGAGUUGCAUCGCCAGGAGGACCACGGCCCCGAGAUGAAAAAGCCCCGGAUGGAGACCCAACCUCCCGAAGACUUCCCCACAGCCUAUCACCGCUUGGGCAGGGAGCUCUUUGAGAGCACGGCGGAGAUUCCUUUGACCAACGGUCACUUGGAGAAGGAACCAUCCCCAGCCGGGUCAGCGCCGGUGGACUCCACACCUUCUCCCAGAGAAACUCCAGGACCGUAUCCAGGCCCGCCCAAAAUGAGGCCGGACUCCCGGACACAAGAGGAAGGUAACCCGUACCCUGAACAACCCCCUCCCUCCCUCCUACCCCCACCACCACCGUCUAAAAACAAUAUCGGCGGCGGAAAGGAGGGGGUAGUUGAGCAAGGCGGCAACAAGUCGGAGAGAAUUUUCCACAUGGACGCUUACUGUGAGCUAUGUGAUCGCGAGUUUUGCAAUAAGUACUUCCUUAAAACGCACAAAGCCAACAAACAUGGGAUCUAUGAGGACAACUCCCCGCCUGCCAGCAGCGUACCUUUACCCUUCCCCGGACUUAUGAUGCCCCAGGACCCGCUGGCCUCCUUUAACUUCAAGAUGGAUUCCAUGAAACCACCCCCCUCUUCUGACCCGAUCCUACCUUGGUCCUUCAAGCUGGACCCUUCGUCACAGCCGCCAAAAAAACCGGACAGCUCGCCGGGUCUCAAACUUGGAGACCCCCCAUCCCUCCCCAUGUUCCCUAUGCCCAUGCCAAAUAUGGAGAGCCCUAAACUACCGUCUGCUAAAAGCAGUAGUAGCGGAGGUGGCGGUGGCAGCAGCGGUAUGGGGGGAGGAGAUGGAAGAGGCCCGGGUUCAAUUCCUUCCAGCAACCCUCCCAACAGUUCCAGUGCGACAUCCAUGCUUACAAGCAUCACCAACAGCAUCAAGAGUUCUUCCAACGCUCCGCCAGCCAACGACCCCAGCAUGGAGGACUACUGCCACAUCUGCCAGAAACAUUUCUGCAACAAAUAUUACCUCAAGAAACACAAGCAGGACGUACACGGCAUCGCGCCGGAAAAUCCUCCCAACAGCAACAACAAAAGGUCAAGGUCGUCCGCCCUGCUGGAUCACCCGAUGACGUCAACGAACCACAUGAUCCUCCCCCAGCCAUUAGCGAGCCUAGCUGGGAUGCCCAAUCUACCCGGCAUGCCGGCCCUGCCCAAUAUGCCUAACAUGCCUAACAUGCCCAACAUGCCCCCAGGGGUGAUGGUAAUCAAUCCUUACAGUCUACCCCCUGUUGCUAUCAUUCCAGCCGGCUCUCUCAUGCCCGGUCAGCAAUUACCUCCUCCUCCCCACCCCAUGAUAUCCCAACCAAUGAACAUCACACCGCUCCCAGACUCCGCCCUCCUGCCCCCGGCCCCUCCAACCCCGUCCUCUAUGUCCAAUGCAAGUGGCCCUGGCAGGCAUUCCCCCAACAAACCCAGUCCCUCCCAGCAGCAAGAAGGCGGAGUCCACUGCAACAUCUGUUCCAAGGAGUUCUGCAAUGACUUUUAUCUCCAAAUUCACAGAGAGAGCAAACACGGCAUAAAGCGAGGAAGCGAAGAUCUAAACAGAGAGAAAGCUUUGUCUCUUGUAAAGGACAGGGAAGGAGGCGGCAAAAACGAGGGCAGCCGCUCCAGCCCCCCACCACUGUCUAGCGCUCUGAAGAACGAAAUGUCACCACAUAUCCCGUCACGGUCCCCACAGAGUCAUACAUCGGGCCUGGAGGGACCUCUGAUGGUUUGCAACUUAUGCAACAAAGAUUUCACUAACAAGUAUCUCUACAGAAUCCACAGAAUCCACGACCAUGGGUUAAACGAGAUGAUAGACCCCACACUGAUCGAGAAUGGAGAACUCCCCAACAAAGAGGACGCGAUGAGGAGCAUGAACGAAUCUCUUAUGAGGAUGGCAGCUGAUGCUUCUGCAGUUGGCUACGCUUCCAGUUUUGGCGUACCUCCGGUAGGAAAACUUCCGGAAAGCGCAGUCUGUGAAAUCUGUAACAAAGAGAUGACCAACCAAUACUUCCUACGUCUUCACAAGUUCAAUAUUCACGGCAUCGACCCCACCACGAACGAGAAAUACGAAAAAAGAGGUCUUGUGUCUCCUGUGGCACCCAUCUCCAAACCCAAGACUCCCCCAUCCUCAGGCAGCCUACCUAUCUCUUCACCUAGUCAGCCUCUCAACCUCACACCUCACACUCCGGGUAAGCCACACAUGCUUCCAUUUCUACCCCCGAAGAUGGACUUCAAAGACAUGCCGCCUUUCGCGGACUUUGGAAGGGACUUCAAGAGCUUUAGAGACAUGCCCUCUUUUCUGACAGAUACAAUCAAUAAUGAACUGUUUGCUCGGUCCCAGAACCCCGUUAGACACAUGGACUUGAACUUCUUCGGUCUCCCUACUCUAGGCAAACUACCCGGCGAAGACAACGUCAAACUGAACUUUGACCCCGAAGCAUACUGUGACAUUUGCAAGAAAGAGUUCUGCAGCAAAUACUUCUUGAGAACCCACAAGCAAAACAUUCACGGCAUCAAGACAGAAACUUCCACGUCUUCCUUCUCGAAGAGCACUGACAGCGAGAAGAUGUCCAUGUCUCCCCUCAAGCCCAACGUGAGCAAUAGUAACGGCAAGGGCAAGGACGGCUUUGAGAAGAGCUCGUGGCGAUGGAAGGAGCCAGUCAACUCAUCUCGCGUCAUCUGCGAUAUCUGCAACAAGGAAGUUUGUAAUAAAUAUUUCCUUCGUACCCACAAGCUGAAGAAGCACGGGAUACAGCCUACCUCUCAGUCUCCCAAUGUGAGCAUGAACGGCUCGCCAGUGGCCUCGGAUUGUGACACAGCGUCGAAUGCGUCCAGCCUCGCGGACGAGAAACCUUUGAAGUUGGACCCGUUCAGUUUGCCACAGAUGAUCCCUCUACCUCCCACAGACCGGCUGAACGAGAAGUACGCCCUGAGUAAGGCGGGCUACGGGAAAGGGAAAGAAGAGGCUCCGCUCAACAAUAACACAGAACAGAGCGAAACUUGUAACAUUUGCAAUAGAAGGUUCAAGAAUCUCAAAUGGCUGAAGGAUCACAUCGUCAAGGACCACAGCGAGUCGGAGGCGCUGGACAUGAGGGCCAAGAACUCCUCACCUGUCUACACCUGCCAGGUGUGUGGUCUGGACUUCCCCGCCGAGCUCUCUGUCCAGCUUCAUCUUAUUCAGGAACACAACGCUCGAGUCACCCUCAACACGGAGGAACCUCAGAUCCCCACAGAGGAGCCGAGCCUGCCAAAUGGCGAAGGGAAAACUCUCAAGUUCGGAGAACAUGGCGGACACUGGAGUCUGCGCAAGAAGUUUCCGCUGCACGGUCGCAUGAAGAAGUACGUGUGUCAGCGCUGUGGCUUCGACACGCAUUGGUUGUCUUCUCUUGUUGACCACGAGCGAUGCGCUCACGGCAUUGCUAGCGAUGCGGUGGUCUGCGGAAGCUAUUCUUGCAGCCGUUGUCACCAGUCUCUGACGUCACCAAACGCACUGUCCGCCCACCUGGUCACCAGCCACGGUCUGACCGUCGAGGAGGCGGUCAAGGAAAUCAAGGAGGUGGACGCCUCCUCGGGUACGUCUUUCAAGUGUUCCCACUGCCCCGCCGUCUUCCCGAGUCAGUCCUGGGCCAUGGCUCACGUGAGGCACGUCCACAUCCGGGCUCGCCGAGACCUCCCCGUACGUAACUCUUACGAGAAGCUUCUACUGCGAUGUCCUUCCUGUCCCUUCAAGACACACUUCAGCUUCCGCCUCCAGCGACACGUCAAGAGCAGACACCGGCGGACCGGUGCUUACCCGAGGACGUCUGUGCGGGAAACCGCCGGCCCUCCUGCUAUCUGCGCGCCUCUAUCUCCCAAACCUUUCCUCUCCUCUUCCAACCUACCCGCACCGGUCCCUCGAGUGUCCGAGCCGUCCAGUAUGCCGGCCGGAGGGUUCAGCAAAGAGGAUUCGGCGGCGCUCGCCUCCAGCAGCGCAAUGUACAAGAGUAUCGCCGCCUCUCUCCUGUCAGCCCCAGAGGGGAGCCGCCCCGAGAGUCCAUCAAAGUCAUGUGACAGGGACGAGCUCCUCCUACAGAACUACAAACUGCCAAUCAGCGCCAGCCCGGUAGAACCCGCCCCUUUCAAGAUGGCCACACAAUCUCCCGCCCAGUCUGCAGUCGUUGGUUUGUGAACAGAAUUUAGCAAAAUGGA